AUGUCGGCGGCGGCGAAGGCCAAGGCGAAGGCGAGCGGCGGCAAGCGGGCCGCGGCGGCGAAGGACCCCGCCGAGGCGCUCGUCUCCGACAAGAGGCGGCGGGAGCGCGACGGCAUGGAUGACUCCGACCACGAGUUCGACAGUGACAUGAAGGAGAUCGUCACGUUGCUGAAGCAUAUCAAGGACAAGGCCCACAAGGACGGCCAGAAGAAGACCGAGCAGGCCAUUUCUAGUGUGGCAACAGAGAUUCAGACUAUGGUACAGGACACCAAGUCUAGGCUUGAGAAGGAGAGGCAGAGUUUUCUGAAAGCAUUGUCAAAGACUUCAAAAGAGUGCGAAGGUUUGUUGAAGAAUGAGUACACCAAAUUUCAAGCAACACAUGACAAGUUCUGCAAAGACAAAGCUGCACACAUACAGAAUUUCAAAGACCUAUUCUCAAAGUUUGAAGAUGAUAAAGAGAAAUUGCUUGCGCAGUAUGAACUGCAGAGGAAGAAGGAGAAGGCUACUCUAUCUGAACUUGAGAAAACAUUUUCAGAGAAGAUAGCAAAUGCAGAAGAAUCUCUGAAGAAGAUGAAGCAGGACGACAAAUCAAUUCACAUCCUUCGCAAGUCCAUCGGCUCAUUUCUGAGCGGCGACCCUGAUGAUCAGUCUGGUCAAGAUGAUGACUGA